UCCAUCUGCACUGCUAUGGCCCAUGCCAGACGGCAGCGUAUGGUGGAUCAUUGAACGCAUGCAAACAUUUCCUGAUCUUGGAAUUCGGCAACUCUCCGGCCCCCUUUCCCUCACUUGCUCUUCUGCUCCUCCUCCUCUCUCGUCCCUGAGAGGCGUGAGUUUCUGCCAGAGACUAAGAGCGCGAGUCAGACCAGACACUUUCUCUGCAGAGUUUCAACGGGACACAGCAGCCGUAGAAGCCUUCAGUAACCCAAACUCUCUCUUAACUUUACCAGUUUCAGGCUAGCAGCAGCCGUUCCAGUCAGCUAUGGAGACUCCAGGUCAGAAACGAAACACCCGCGGAGGGACAACCACCGUUCUUUCUCCCAACCGUAUCACUCGGCUGCAGGAGAAAGAAGAUCUAUGCAACCUGAACGACCGACUGGCGGUCUACAUCGAUAAGGUGCGCUCUCUAGAGGUGGAGAACGCAGGUCUGCGUAUGCGCAUCACAGAGUCGGAGACGGAGAUCAGCCGCGAGCUGAGCGGCAUGAAAGCGGCGUAUGAGGCUGAGCUGGCGGACGCUAGGAAGACUCUGGACUCGGUGGCCAAAGAACGAGCCCGACUGCAACUGGAGCUCAGCAAGGUGCGAGAGGACUACAAGGAGCUGAAGGCCAGGAAUGGUAAGAAAGAGUCGGAUCUGGAAUCGGCUCUGGCCAGACUGAAGGAUCUGGAAGCUCUGCUGAACUCCAAGGACGCGUCUCUCUCCACAGCACUGGGGGAGAAGAGAUCACUGGAGGUCGAAGUCAGAGAUCUGAAAGCCCAGCUGGCCAAGCUGGAGGGCAGUCUGAAUGAUGCUAAGAAGCAGCUACAGGAUGAAAUGCUACGACGUGUGGAUGCUGAGAACCGAAUCCAGACCCUGAAAGAGGAGCUGGAUUUCCAGAAGAACAUCUACACUGAGGAGCUCCGUGAGUCUAAGCGCAGACAUGAGUCACGUAUGGUGGAAAUCGACAGUGGCCGCCAGCAGGAGUAUGAGAGUAAACUGUCUGAGGCUUUGAUUGAACUCCGUAACCAACACGAAGUACAGCUUCGCAUCUACAAGGAUGAAAUUGAGAAGACCUACAACUCCAAGCUGGAGAAUGCCCGUCAGUCGGCUGACAGGAACAGCCAUUUGGUGGGAGCCGCCCAUGAGGAACUGCAGCAGACACGUUUGAGGCUGGAGAGUGUGACCUCUCAGCUCACUCAGCUGCAGAAACAGUUGACUGCUCGUGAGGCGAAGAUCCGUGAGCUGGAGGAGGCUCUAUCCAGAGAGAGGGACAUGAUGCGCCGUCGUAUGGAGGACAAGGAGAAAGAGAUGGCCGAAAUGAGGCAUCGCAUGCAGCAACAGUUGGACGAGUACCAGGAGCUGCUGGACAUUAAGCUCGCACUCGACAUGGAGAUCAGCGCCUACCGGAAGCUUCUGGAGGGCGAGGAGGAGAGGUUGCGACUCUCCCCGAGUCCCCCUCCUGUCCGUGGGGUGACUGUGACCCACUCCUCGGGUUCUGGCACUCAUACACGUGUGUUCCAGAGCAGCACCAGUCGUACCUCUUCAGGCAGUGCUAAAAAACGUCGUUUGAAUGAUAAUGACAGCGAUGUCUCCAGUGUGGUUGGCGGAACCGUUACUCGCACACGCGUCGCGCAGCAGGCCUCUGCCAGCGGCCGUGUGACCGUGGAUGAAGUGGACAUGGAGGGCAGAUAUGUUCGGCUCAGUAACAAAUCUGACCAGGAUCAAACUAUGGGUCACUGGCAGGUGAAGAGGCAGAUUGGUUCCGGCACUCCCAUCGUCUACAAGUUCCCGCCAAAAUUUACCCUGAAGGCAGGACAGACCGUCACGAUUUGGGCUGCAGGAGCUGGAAGAACCCACAGUCCUCCUUCUGACCUGGUGUGGAAGACCCAGAACUCAUGGGGCAGUGGAGAUCUGUUCCAGACCACCCUCAUCAGCUCCAGUGGGGAGGAAAUGGCCAUGAGGAAGGUCACACGCACUCUAUUCCAGGAUGAGGAAGAUGAUGAUAUGGCCGCCCACAGCACAUGCGGGGAUAGUGAGUACAACCUCCGCAGCCGUACGGUGGUCUGUGGCUCAUGUGGGCAGCCUUCAGAUAAAAACAGCAGCUGCGUGACGGCCAGCUCUGGAGUGUCGAGUGCGGCGCGCUCCUUCAGCAGUGGAGGGGGGCUGCCUGAAGCAUUUGUCUCUCCCUCACACUUUAUUGUGAGCAAUGACAAACGCAGACAGGCUGGACCCAAACUAGACAACUGCUCCAUUAUGUAGACAAGCUGUAGGCAGCCCUGGCCAUCUGUUCUUUCACACGAACCAGGAGGAAUUUAUUCAACAAUUAGUUUCUUUUUGGAUUACUUGUCUUAUUAUUACAUGAUAUAUUUUGUACUUCAGUCUUUGUUUUGUAUUUCAUAAUCUGUGGGGUAGAUUUUUGGCUUUUGUAUGGCAUAAGGCUUGUAGGCUGUAGUUUGCUAUUAUUAUGUACAGUGUUACUCUAAUAUAUUUGCAUGGUGGCCUGGCAGCAGCUUCAAAAUAAUCGUACUGCACUCAGGGAGAGAGGCGAACGGAGCACUUCACACUCACACCAUGGAAUCUCAACGGAAAUGCUGUCGGAACGCAACACGCACAGUCGAUUCACCUCCAUGACUAAACUCUCAUUAUAACCAGCCUUAGCACAGACUGGUUAUCUAACUCACAUACGAGGACAAACAGUGAGCAUCAGUUAAUUUAAGACAGGAAAUGAGAGCUCAUUCGUUAUUGUCCCAAACUUUGUCAGUAGGUUUUAUGGUAUUUUCAUGCUACCUCUCACAGUGACAUGAUUAAAAUUAUGUGCACCUACAAAAGGGAAAGGAAAGUGAGUAAUUCUAUGCAGUUUUGUUAAAGUAAAACUCCAGGAUAUUAAUACAGAUGUUCUGGAUGUGAAACUGGUUUGUGCCUUGGUACAGUUGCACAGUUGAAUAGGAACUUUGUGUCUUUUGGCAGUGUGCUUACAAGCUCUGACUAGACUGCAGUAUGUUGUGUCUUAUGUAAUAAGUGUUAUGGGAUGUUUCUGAAAGACUUGAAGCAACUAUAAAUCUAAUCCAAAGAGAAUCUCCUUAGCAGUUUGCAAUUGCCAAGAUGUUAAACAAAAGCUUAUUGUUUUAGAAGGAAAACUUUUGAAGUUUACUUGCUGAGAAAAACAUAUCUGAUGUAUUAUGUUACCAGAGAAUCAUGUUGUGUUUAAAGUACUGAGUACUAAACUAUUGCCGGUUUAAAGAGAUGUAUUUUUGUUUUCAAGCUUAGAGGCAGAAUAUUUAAAUAUGCAAAAUGACCACCGUUAUUCCUAGCUUUAAUGUUCUAUUAAUAUUAUUAUUAUUUUUACAAUGACACUUGAAAUUUUGAGUUUUAUUGAAACCUCAUAUUUACAUGUACACCAAAAUAUUUGUGUUUCUCUAUGGGACUGAGUGUUGAUUUGCUCUUGUCACUCCUCUCUUGCAGUAGAUGGUCCAGUUCCUCACCUGGACAGCUGUAAGGCUCCAGUAAUCUGAGUAGUCUGUCCUUCCCUUCACUGCACACGUCCAGUCCGUUUAGGGCAAUCUGAGAAUCAAAUUACUGACUUAAAACAAAAAUUGGUAUCAGAAAGCUGGAACAGUUUUCAUCAUAGGAAAUUAAGAACAUAACCAAGCCUCCCCACAGCUCUCCAGGAAGAGGACUGGAUAUUGCCAACAUUAAACAUUUAUUUUAUUGCUUUGCAAAGCUUUGGGAUUCUAAAGGAGAAUUUUGAGAUAGUAUAUCUAUUUUUUUCUAUGUAUACUUAAGAAUUGUGAUUUUGUAUUUCUGCUUAAAUAGCCAUUGACAUUAUUGUAAUAAGCCAUGUAUUUUUGUUUUUAAACUGAUAAUGGAUUUCAGUUGUUGUUAAUGGCAAAUGUAUUUGUUUGGCAUCUUUGGCAAUAUUGCCUUAAUCGAAGAAACAAUUAUUGAUAACCAAUUCUAGAUUGCUGAAAUAAUAAUUUACCCUUUAUUUUGAAAUGUUGAUUUUGGUUAGAUGGCAAAUUUCAUGAAGGUUUUGUAUAAAAAAAACAGACUGCAGAGCAAUGGAGAGAAUGGUUUGUUGAUUUUUUUGUCUUUAUCUUUAUACUGUUUUGUGAGAAAUGUCAUAAUUGUCGUGAAACCUGUAAACUGUGCAUUUAAUUUUUCAGUUGAAAAUAAAGCAGUUCUGAAUUUUUCAGUUGCU